CACGGAAGAAGGAGCACGACAUUGGUGGCUAUGCCCGCAACAGCUUUCAAGACCACGAAACUGUUACCUUGAACAAAUGAUAUUUAUCUCAUUGGCCAUAUAGUCCUCUUUGCCGAGUCCAGGAGCGUCUUCUUUCCGUUCCAACCGUCCUGUCCCCGAUUUUCCAGUCAUUCUCACAAGACCUCAGACCAUCAAGCGCGUCAAGCGCGGUUGCCACUGUGCUUUGCGGGGUCCAAUCUGGCUCCUUCCCUUAUCAUUGUUUACACAAAGUCAAACUUGGAAGUUGACUUACUAAGGUAGUCUCCAGCAGAAUGCUCAGGUCGGCAGCCUUGGCAGAAUGGCACAUACAGCGCAAUUGGGAACGUUGACCGAUGAACUGAUUGCAGCACUCAACCUCAUCCCACAGACACUACACAGUAGGCGAAAUGCUUGCCGUGACUUUGCCUUGCGAAGCCUGCGGGCUCACAGUUUCACUCGGACCAACCAGUUUGAGGUCGAAGAUCGGUUGAACGGGCUGGAGGAGCGCUUCUAUGUUGCCGGCCGAGAUGCCCUCGCCGGCGCUCUGCGCAAACGGCGAGACGCCCUCGAACCACACCGAAACCAGUUCACGCCCGAGGUUUUGCAUUUGCUCCUUGAGCUCGCCGAUCAGCCGGUGCAGAAGGCCAAGCUCACCGCCUUGAAUGCCCUUGUUGAGCCUGACGAGGUGUACACCUCACCUCCGUUGACCUGGCGGGACAUUGCGAGGGAGGAUGGUUGGAAACAGGAACGCGACAUUUGGCGAUUCAUCGACUAUGCCCCGGGGUCUAGCGAUGAGGAGGAACUGGAUGUCGAAUCCGAGGCAUCCCUCGAGUCUCUCACGAUCCGAUCUUCAACCGACGACGAACACCAGCGCACUGCUCAGGAACUGGCCGUCAAAGCGCAAGGAGACGAUGUAUUGAAUCAGGUCCAAGAUGCCCAGUCGUGGAGAUGUGUAGCCGCGACGGAUGCGGACGCAAGGUCCAAGAAGAUCCCCAUCACGUCAACUCAGUUGCUAAGGGAGGUUCUCUUCAUGCUCGCCGGCCUCGAGACCAGCCUCUUCGACUCUGCAUGCAAUCCCAUUACCAGAUUCCAGCUGCAAAGCGUCUCAUGGGACUCGUACAAGGCACUGGUAACCUCGUUCGCUGAGUGUGGCCGGAAACUGUUACCGCUGCGUGCAGCAGUCAAAAGGGAGCAGCAGUCGCCUCUUUUGCAGGUAUUCCAGGACUGUCUUCAGAAGGCUUUGCACUCAUUCGACCUGGACCUAUCUUACAUUCAAUCCCGCCUUGUGACCAUAAAAGAGGACGUCGUUAUCAGCCUCGUCGGAGUUCUCGAGGAGCUAGGCCCAAAACUGGCGCCACUGUAUGCUCUGGCGGAUAUUGUGCGCCAGCUUCAUGAGGAGCGGAAUCCCCAUGCCUUCCGGUAUCUCGAGCUUUUAUUCGACGCCGUCGGGAUGGCUCAGCUGCAAGGCGCCCGAGCUACCUAUCAGCUGCUGGGCACCAUCUUCUUCGACUGCUUUCAGGUCUAUCUGAAGCCCAUCCGACUGUGGAUGGAAGAAGGCAAGCUCUUGCCUGGCGACCGGACCUUCUUCGUCUCGGAAUCGCCAACGAGGCCUCCAUUACCUCAGAUUUGGACGAGCCAGUUCAAUCUGCUGCGCACCCCUGAGGGCAAUCUCCAUGCGCCUCGGUUCCUCGACCCUGCCAUUCAACGCAUUUUCACGACUGGUAAGAGCAUCGUCGUUCUUAAGCACAUGAAGCAGCACGAGUCGACCAAGAAAUACAGAGCCAGCGCCGAACCCAAGAUAAAUUUCGCUACGGUCUGUCCCGAUCAUGCCGAGUUUGCACCUUUCAGCGAGUUGUUCGGCGCAGCGUUUCAGGCAUGGAUUCAGAGCAAGCAUCACACCGCAGCUGCCACGCUUCGUGAGAUGCUCUUGAGCUCAUACGGCCUGUCUCAGAGCCUAGACGCGCUGCAGCACCUCUACCUAAUGUCGGACGGCGCAAGGUCGGAUGUCUUUGCCUCGUCCAUCUUCCAGAACCUGGACAACCUCAGCAGCAGCUGGAGAGACCGCUUCACCCUGACCGAGCUCGUCCAGGAGGCCUACUCGGCGUGCGUAGACACCUACCGUCUCUCAGCCGAAGUCGCAUCGCGAGACCUUGCGCAACAGCACAGCGCAGCCACUAUCCGGAGCUCGGUCCGUCUCGGCCUGCCCGCCAUCCGACUCACCUACCGCCUCAGCUGGCCGGUGCAGAUUGUCAUCCCCGAUGAGGCAAUCCAAGGCUACCAAACCCUCUUCACCUUCCAGCUGCAGACCCGCCGAGCCCUAUACGUCCUCAAACGCCCCUUCCUGAAUAACCCCCACUACAGCGGGACCGACAUGGCGCGAUACUGCCUUGUGCGCACCAAGCUCCUCUGGUUCUGCAACACGGUCGCGACCUACCUGGCCACGCUCGUCCUGGCGCCCAAUGCCGCCCGGCUCAGGGAGGAGCUGUGUUGGGCAGCAGAUGUCGACGACAUGGUGGCCGCGCACGCAAGCUUUGUGUCGCGCGCCGUCGCCGAGUCGUGCCAGGGGGCCAAGCUAAGGCCCAUUCGCGAGUGUGUGCUCGAUGUGUUUGACCUGGCGAUCCGGCUUGAGGAUGCGCGGCGGGAUGAGUGGGGGAGGCGGAGGGGCCAGGAGAGGGAGGUGGACAGGUUGGAGGCUAUUGUAGCUUCUCCUUAUAAGAGGUCGCCUCUUGCGAAGGGGAGGGAGGGGGUCAAGAGGAGGAGGGUGGUGGUCGAUGAGGAUGAGGAAGAUGAGGUGGUGGGAUUGGAUGGCGAGGGAAUGGGUAAGAAUGCAAGGGUGAGGGAUGAAGGUAAGCCGUUCGCGGUGAUUCUGAGAGAGCUGCAUGGCGACUUUGAGAGGCAUGUGCGGUUUGCCGUAGGCGGACUGAGGGGUGUGGCACGGGUGAGUAGGGAGGAGGCGGCUGCGAAGUGGGAUUUGUUGGCUGAGAUGCUGGAAGUUGGGAUUAAGGAGCUAUGAAUAUCUUAGAUCGGUAUCUGCU